AUGGCUGACAAGGGUCUUGAGGAUGUGCCUGAGGGCCAGAUCGAGUCGAACUACGAUGAGACCGUCGACUCCUUCGAUGACAUGAACCUGAAGUCGGAGCUCCUUCGUGGUGUCUACGCCUACGGUUUCGAGCGUCCCUCCGCCAUCCAGCAGCGUGCCAUCAUGCCCGUCAUCAAGGGCCACGAUGUCAUUGCUCAGGCUCAGUCCGGUACUGGCAAGACCGCCACCUUCUCCAUCUCUGUCCUCCAGAAGAUCGACACCAACGUCAAGGCUUGCCAGGCCCUCAUCCUUGCUCCCACCCGUGAGCUUGCCCAGCAGAUCCAGAAGGUCGUUGUCGCCAUCGGCGACUUCAUGAACAUUGAGUGCCACGCCUGCAUCGGUGGUACCAGCGUCCGUGACGACAUGAAGGCUCUCCAGGACGGCCCCCAGGUCGUUGUCGGUACCCCUGGCCGCGUCCACGACAUGAUCCAGCGCCGCUUCCUCAAGACCGACUCCAUGAAGAUGUUCGUUCUUGACGAGGCCGACGAGAUGCUUUCUCGCGGUUUCACCGAGCAGAUCUACGACAUCUUCCAGCUUCUUCCCCAGAGUACCCAGGUCGUCCUUCUGUCCGCCACCAUGCCCCAGGACGUCCUUGAGGCUCAGCGUGACCUGAUUAUGAAGGAGUUCCGUUCCGGAUCUUCCCGUGUCCUGAUCGCCACUGACCUUCUGGCCCGUGGUAUCGAUGUCCAGCAGGUUUCCCUGGUCAUCAACUACGACCUUCCCGCCAACCGCGAGAACUACAUCCACCGCAUCGGUCGUGGUGGUCGUUUCGGACGUAAGGGUGUUGCCAUCAACUUCGUUACCGCCGAGGACGUCCGCAUGAUGAGAGAGAUUGAGCAGUUCUACAGCACCCAGAUUGAGGAGAUGCCCAUGAACGUUGCCGACCUCAUCUAA